AUGUGUCUUUUUUGCAGUUGUGAAGACGAUCUCUCCGAGGACAGAGAGGAGCUUCUGCACGGCAUUUCUGAGCUGGACAUCAGCAACUCGGAUUGUUUCCCCUCCCAGCUGCUAGUGCAUGGAGCUUUAGCCUUUCCCCUGGGGUUAGAUUCCUACCACGGUUGUGUUAUAGCGGCUGCCCGCUAUGGCCGGGGCCGGGUGGUAGUGAUGGGCCACAAGGUACUAUUCACCGUGGGUAAACUGGGCCCCUUUCUGCUCAAUGCUGUGCGUUGGCUGGACGCAGGCCGCCGAGGCAAGAUCGUGGUGCAGACGGAACUAAGGACAAUGAGUGGUCUGCUUGCAGUGGGAGGCAUAGACACCAGCAUUGAGCCCAAUCUGACCAGUGAUGCGAGUGUCUAUUGUUUUGAGCCCACGAGUGAUGUGGGAGUCAAGGAGCUGCAGGAAUUUGUAGCUGAGGGCGGGGGCCUGUUUGUUGCAGCCCAAGCCUGGUGGUGGGCCUUCAAGAACCCCGGAGUGUCGCCUCUGGCUCGGUUCCCAGGGAACCUCCUGCUCAACCCCCUUGGCAUCAGUAUCACAAGCCAAAGCCUCAAUCCAGGGCCCUUUCGUACUCCGAAAGCGGGGAUAAGGACCUAUCACUUCCGCUCCACUCUGGCUGAGUUCCAGGUUAUAAUGGGCAGGAAGAGAGGGAAUGUGGAAAAGGGGUGGUUGGCAAAGCUGGGGCCGGAUGGCGCAGCUUUCCUGCAGAUCCCUGCAGAAGAGAUCCCUGCCUAUAUGUCUGUGCAUCGGCUCCUCAGGAAGCUGCUGAGUCGAUACCGGCUCCCAGUGGCGACCCGAGAGAACCCAGUCAUCAAUGACUGCUGCAGGGGUGCUAUGCUCUCCCUGGCCACAGGUCUAGCCCACUCUGGGAGUGACCUCUCUCUGUUAGUCCCAGAAAUUGAAGACAUGUACAGCAGCUCCUACCUGCGCCCCUCUGAAUCUCCUAUCACCGUUCAGGUCAACUGCAACAAUCCAGGCACCCGAUAUUGCUGGAUGAGCACUGGGCUGUACAUACCUGGAAGGCAAAUUAUAGAGGUCUCCCUGCCUGAAGCUGCUGCCUCUGCUGACCUGAAGAUACAGAUUGGCUGCCACACAGAUGACCUGACCAGGGCCAGCAAGCUGUUCCGAGGCCCACUGGUAAUCAACCGAUGCUGCUUGGACAAGCCCACAAAAUCAAUCACCUGCCUCUGGGGCGGCCUCCUCUACAUCAUCGUGCCUCAGAGCAGCAAGCUGGGUUCUGUGGCCAUCACUGUGAAAGGGGCUGUGCAUGCUCCAUUCUACAAAUUGGGGGAGACAUCCCUGGAGGAGUGGAAGAGGUGUCUCCAGGAGAAUCCAGGUCCCUGGGGAGAGCUGGCUACGGACAACAUCAUCCUGACAGUGCCAACCGCCAACCUUCGCACACUGGAUAAUCCUGAGCCGGUGCUUCGCCUCUGGGAUGAGGUGAUGCAGGCUGUGGCACGGCUGGGGGCUGAGCCCUUCCCCUUGCGUCUGCCUCAGAGGAUUGUUGCCGAUGUGCAGAUUUCAGUAGGCUGGAUGCAUGCGGGGUACCCCAUCAUGUGCCACCUGGAGUCAGUGCAGGAGCUCAUCAAUGAAAAACUCAUCAGAACCAAGGGGCUAUGGGGCCCUGUCCAUGAGCUCGGCCGAAACCAGCAGCGGCAGGAGUGGGAAUUCCCACCACACACCACUGAGGCCACCUGCAACCUGUGGUGUGUUUAUGUUCACGAAACGGUCUUGGGCAUUCCUCGAGGCCGUGCCAAUAUUGCCCUGUGGCCCCCAGUUCGGGAGAAAAGAGUCAGAAUCUACCUGAGCAAGGGUCCCAAUCUGAAAAACUGGAAUGCGUGGACAGCCCUGGAAACAUACUUACAGCUCCAGGAAGCCUUUGGUUGGGAGCCCUUCAUCCGUCUCUUCACUGAGUAUCGUAACCAGACCAACUUGCCCACCGACAAUGUUGACAAGAUGAAUCUGUGGGUGAAGAUGUUCUCCCACCAAGUGCAGAAGAAUCUGGCUCCCUUCUUUGAGGCCUGGGCCUGGCCAAUCCAGAAGGAAGUGGCUACCAGCCUGGCCUAUCUGCCUGAAUGGAAGGAAAAUAUUAUGAAAUUGUACCUCCUCACACAGAUGCCCCACUGAAAUUGAAGUAAAAGAAAACUGGAAGGCAUUUGGUUAUGAAUGAAGAAGACCUCAACACAUUUCUGGACAGAAAGUGGAUGAAGUUUGAAAAAAGAAUGAAAGAGUGAAGGUACCUUUCAGAGAGAAUAUAAGCUGAUCUGAAUAUCAUAACCACAGAGAGGCUUGGGCACCUAAAAAGUCUAUCUACUAAACAAUUACACCAGUUGUAAAAUUGAACCCCAUCGCAUUCUACCCUAUCCCUUGUGCAUAGAAUACAGGCAGUCAACUAUUGGUACCAGUGAGAACUCUGUUGUUGCUAUUAUUGUUGUUGUUGUUGUUUAUAUAAAGAAAUUGAAUAAAUUGCCCGAGAGAGGUAGGAGUUGGUGCUUCA